AUGCCUCCAGCAAACAACAACCCAAACUCAGAGCCAUUUGAGAUCUUCUUCCGAGGAUGGCUGGUAAGGCACGAGGAAGUCCGCCUGCUACUCCAGCAAGCAGAUGAGCGCGACUGCGACGAGACAAGAGAAGACGAGGAGGCGAGGGUGCAAGAACUGAUAGGAAGGGUGGUGGCGCACUACGCGGAGUACUAUAAAGCCAAGCAGAGAGUGGUGCGAGAGGACGUGAUGACCUUGUUCGAACCACCAUGGUUGACUCCUUUCGAGCGAAGCCUACUUUGGAUUGCUGGGUUCAUGCCAGGGUUCGCGUUUCGGCUGGUGAUGAACUAUGUAAAGGACCUGAACGGGGAGCAGACGCGGAUGAUGGAGCAGCUGAAGACGGAGACGGCGGCGGAGGAGAUAGACCUGACGGCGGAGCUAGUGAAGGUGAAGAGGAGUCCGACAAUGAUAUCGCUGGUGGAGAUGGCGGCAAGGGGGAGAGAGUGGGCGGAUGGGGAAAGGGAUGCGGUGAAGGAGAAAAUUGAUAUGGUGAAGUUAGCAAUGGAGAUGCUGGUGGAGUGUGCUGAUUGUCUGAGAUACAAAACUGCUCUUAAAAUCAUGGAGAUACUCAACCCAUCUCAGAAUGUGAAGUUCUUGCUGGCCAUAACUGGGCUUCAGCUCCGAGUUCGCAACUGGGGCUUGCAGAGAGAAGCCGAGAGCCGCAAUGACAACAGCCCCCACUAG